GUAGCGUUCCGGAAGUGGGCCUCGGGACUCGCUUGGGAGAGCCGAGCAGGGCGGCUGCCGAGGCAGCGCAGCGAGCAGCUAUGGAGAGGGUUCUGCAACGCGAAGUGAAGGGCGCGACGCCGUUUGUAGUGGCGCUGAGGGCCAAGCCUCCUAAAGACCAACAUGCUGAUAAACUUCUCCGUAAAAUUAGACUUAAUGCUUUUAAGAAAGAUGCCAUUGAAGCUUCCAUUAAAGAGAAUGAAAAGUUUCACUUGGGUGUCCAGUGGGAGCUGCGCAUGGGCCGAAGUUUUAUGGACAAAUUUGUGCAGAGAAAUGUAGAAGAUGCUAUGCAAGGAUUUUUGAUAAAUACUGAAGAAAGAAGAAACAGACUUCGGGAACUCCUGGAAGCUGAAGAAAAUGAAUAUUUGACUGAAAUUGAAGCCAAGGAAAACACAGCAAAGAUUAGACAAGAUGAGAUGAGGGAGAAAAUUCGAGUAUUAAGAGAAGUAAGAGAAAAGGAGAGACAAGAUUUUGUUGCUAAAAAACGAGACCAACAAUUCAGACAACACUGUGACGAUCUCCGAACCCACUUGAUGAAAGUCCAUGAGAAGAAGGUGUGUGAAGAACGAGCCGCACAGGUAGCAUUUAAUGAGGAACUGAGAAAACAGAAAAUGAUAGAAGACAAACUGUUCGUUGAGCUGUGGGAACAAGACAGAUUAGCAAAGGAAAAGAGAGAAGCUGAUGAAGCUGCUGAAAAAGCACAGAGAAAGGAGCAGGCACUCUUAUGUCUCAAUGCCCAGAUGGCUACUCUUGAAGCUCAAAAACAAGAGGCCAGGCGUCUAAAGGAAGAAGAAGCCCUAUUAGUGGAAGAGAGAAUAGCUCAGCUGAAACGAGAUAAAGAAAGAGAGAGGCUGGAGAAGCAGCAGAAAAUGCGUCAGACCAGGGACAUUCUGCAGAAAGCCCUCCAAGACAGGAAUGAGCGUCUCGCUCAGGAAAGAGCUGAGGAACUUUACUUGGACAACAAGCUUUUAGAAAUUGCUCGUCAAGAAACACGAGAUGAGGAUGAAGAACUAAGGCAAAAGAAAGAAGACACUGAGAGGGAGGGAAAGAUGUAUCAGGCCUAUCUGAAUCAGUGCUGGGAAGCUGAGAGACUUCAUGAAGACGAGGCAGACAAAAUCAUAGCGGCUGAGGCAGCAAAAAUAAAAGCCAAGAAAGAUGCACAACUGAUGCUUGAAAAGGAUGCAAGAAAACGACUAAUGGAUGAUGUCUUGGCUACCAGACGACUACAAGUUAUAGAAAAAAUGGAAAGAGAAGCAAAAGAAAAAGAUCUUGAUCUUGAAUUAAUAAUGAAAGGCUUUGAAGAACUUAACCGUGAAGAUGCAGAAAAUAAUGCAAGAAAAGUCAUGGAAACCCUGGAAUACAGGGAGCAACUGCAAGCUCAGAUUGAACACCAGCGCCAGAUGCGAGAGGCAGAAAAAGCAGAGGACAGGAGAGAGUAUGAAGCGGGGCUGACGGCGAAGAAAGAGUUUGAGGAACGUAUUCAGGAAGUGCUGGCCAAGUAUGAGGCUGACCAAGAACACACCCAUCCCUUUCGAAGAACUGUUCCGAAAGCAUAGUCUGUUUAGUAUCAAUUAAGAUACAGAUUAACUCUUCUAAUGCUCAAAUAUAUUUUAUUUUGAAAUUCUUACUAACUCAUUAAUAAACUAUCCUUUUCUCCUUGA